CUAGUUGUUACUGAUUUGUGUUCUAUGAUCUAUGUCUGCUAUGUGCUUUGCUAGGGAAGAUCUGUUUUUGUAAAUUGUCACUAAAGUUAUUGAUUCUUCCGCUAAUCUUCCCCUUUUUUAUUUUAUUUUAUUUUAUUUUUUGAGAAUGUUGGACGAUAUUACAUGUUUUAAAGUCCUCUUCAUCUAACAAGAGAAUGACUCACUAAAUUUGUGUCCUGUCGCUUUUCCUAAGAUGCUGGCGACCUCCGAAAGGCGUCGAGCGAAUGAUGAACUGGCUCAGUAUCGUAAAGCAAAUGGCCAUCAUCUACAUGACAAAACUUAUGGACAAGGUCACCUCGAAGCAAGAUAUAGAAAAGAGUUUGAGCCUUUGAGGUGCACAGACGGAGUUCGAUGGAGGAAAGUGGCGAGCAAUGGUGAAGGCGACACCGACUUCCUGGAAACUUGCCUUCCACCACACUGUUUCACAUCCCAACCUCACCCGGUCAAUCUAGCCCCAAUUGCGUCUUUUGGCUCUUCACUAAAUUGCUCUAUUUAUACCCUUCUUCACUGCCUCUUUGAACUCGCCUGAGAACUCCAAAUCAUCCUCUUCAAUUCAAGCAGAGAGUGUAUCAUCCCUCUUUCUCUUUCUCGGGUACUCACUUUCUCUUCACUCCUCUUGUGUGGGCUUUGCUUUCGUUAAUGAAUUUUGCUUCUGGUUCUCGAAUUCCUCUUGUUUUACUUGGUUUAUGCUUGUAGAUCUGUUUUUGAUUUCGGGUUUUUCAUUUUUGUAUGCUAGAGUUAUGGUAUGUUCUAUUUAAUCUUUCUUGUAGUUCAUAUGAAUUAAAUCUUAAAUUGUGUUUAAUUUGUUGGGUUUAGUUCGACGAGAAUUUUGUAAUUUAAGGUUGCAGAUCUGAAUUCUGGUGAAUUAGUUUCUAUAUCACAUUAAAUUUUAUCAAGAAUGAUUAAUAUGCUUGGUCCAGGCUGCGCUAAACACCCUCUAGUAUCAAAUACUACAUGACAAUUGAAUGGUUCUUGGAUCCGCUGCUCCCAAUAGUUCAGUUUAUUUUUCAUUUUCUAUUUGAGCAAAUUGAUAAGCUCCUAAAGAAACCUUAAGCUGCCUUAGCUGCUGCUUCUUCUUCUUCUUCUUCUUUAUUAUUAUUAUUAUUAUUAUUAUUAUUAAUGUUGCAUUAGCUUGUUCUUUAUACAAUAAAAAAUGUGUAAGUUUGGAAGUCCAACACCCCUUAGUACCAAAUACUACAUGAAGAUCUCCCAAACCGACUGGACCUAACUGGUUCAUUUUACUCUUCUUUUUCCAUUUGGACAAAUUAACAGGCAUCUAGAAAAACCUUGAACUGAUUAGAAAAAGUUAUUUGCCUUAUGUUGCCUUAGCUUCUUCUCUAUACAAUAAAGAAGUGCUAUUUUUAGAAGUUCACACUAAACACAUGCUAGUACUAAGUACUACUAAGUACUGCAGGGCAAUUGGACGGUCCUAGGCCUGCCUUCUCCCAAAGGUAAAAACUUAUUUUUAGUCUCUCACCUUAUCUUAUACUAUGACGUUUUUAAUUUUU